AAAGAGCUUGAUGUUUGUCUAGGACUAGAGACUAAGAAAGAGUAAGCCAGAACAAGUAGGGUGGUGGUCCCUUGGGGGGCCCAGGAAUGGAUCUUAUGGAGGUUUAGUUUUAGUUACCAAUAGUUUUAGCUAGUUUUGUUAGUUUAGCUAAUUUGUGUUAGCCUCUUCUGAUCCUAUUUUGUUUGUUUUGAACUUUUUAAUGACGUGAAAGCUGUUGGCAGUUGCCAUGGGCAAUGCAGCGAUGCAAAAGGCAAGUAAGACAGCAAAGGACAGUCCGGAGAGGAGGUCCCCUUUUCAGCGUUCUGGUUCCGACCAAAGCCGCAGCACUGAAUCCUUGUCGGACAGCAACACCAGUUUCCUGCGGGCUGCGAGAGCGGGGAACAUCGACAAGGUUCUGGAAUAUCUAAAGGGCGGCGUCGACAUCGGCACGUCCAAUCAGAAUGGACUCAAUGCUCUACACCUGGCAGCCAAAGAGGGGCACAUGGAUCUGGUCCAGGAGCUUCUGGAAAGGGGGUCUUCUGUGGACUCUGCAACUAAGAAAGGAAACACAGCUCUCCACAUCGCCUCUCUAGCAGGACAGGCUGAGGUGGUGAAGAUCCUGGUCAAACAGGGAGCGGACAUCAACGCACAGUCACAGAAUGGGUUCACGCCUCUAUACAUGGCUUCUCAAGAGAACCAUCUGGAUGUGGUGCGGUAUCUGCUGGAGAAUGGAGGCAAUCAGAGCACAGCAACAGAGGAUGGCUUCACUCCUCUGGCCAUCGCUCUGCAGCAGGGCCACAACCAGGUGGUGUCCAUCCUACUGGAGAACGACACCAAGGGCAAAGUGCGACUGCCCGCCCUGCACAUCGCCGCCCGCAAAGACGACACCAAGUCAGCCGCCCUGCUGCUGCAGAACGACCACAACGCAGACGUCCAGUCCAAGAUGAUGGUUAAUAGGACUACUGAGAGUGGGUUCACUCCACUGCACAUUGCAGCUCAUUAUGGAAACGUGAAUGUAGCGACUCUGCUCCUGAACCGAGGGGCUGCCGUGGACUUCACUGCCAGGAAUGGAAUCACACCGUUACACGUGGCAUCAAAAAGGGGCAAUACAAACAUGGUCCGUCUGCUGCUGGACAGAGGGUCUCAAAUCGAUGCCAAAACAAGGGAUGGCCUCACACCUCUCCACUGUGCAGCAAGAAGUGGGCAUGACACAGCAGUGGAGCUGUUGCUGGAGAGAGGAGCCCCCAUUCUUGCCAGAACCAAGAAUGGUCUCUCUCCUCUCCACAUGGCAGCUCAGGGGGAUCAUGUUGAGUGUGUAAAGCACCUGCUGCAGCACAAAGCCCCUGUAGAUGAUGUCACCUUGGACUACCUGACCGCCCUUCACGUUGCCGCCCACUGUGGUCACUACAGAGUUACCAAGCUUCUGCUGGACAAAAGAGCGAACCCUAAUGCUCGAGCUCUGAACGGCUUCACGCCUCUUCACAUUGCCUGCAAGAAGAACAGAGUGAAGGUGAUGGAGCUUCUGGUCAAGUACGGCGCUUCCAUCCAGGCUAUCACUGAGUCUGGUUUAACCCCCAUACACGUGGCGGCGUUCAUGGGCCACCUCAACAUCGUCCUCCUGCUGCUCCAGAACGGAGCUUCCCCUGACGUCAGCAACAUACGUGGAGAAACUGCCUUGCAUAUGGCGGCUCGAGCUGGACAGGUGGAGGUGGUUCGCUGUUUGCUAAGAAAUGGCGCCAUGGUGGACGCCAGAGCCAGAGAGGACCAGACCCCGCUCCACAUCGCCUCUCGGCUGGGGAAGACGGAGAUAGUCCAGCUGCUUCUUCAGCACAUGGCACAUCCAGACGCUGCCACCACUAACGGCUACACACCUCUCCACAUCUCCGCCCGCGAGGGUCAGCUGGACGUGGCGUCGGUGCUGCUGGAGGCCGGUGCCUCACACUCCCUCGCAACAAAGAAAGGAUUCACUCCCUUACAUGUGGCCUCUAAGUACGGCAGCCUUGAUGUGGCAAAAUUGCUCCUGCAGAGACGUGCCCCUCCAGACUCAGCAGGGAAGAACGGACUCACGCCUCUCCAUGUUGCUGCGCAUUAUGAUAACCAGAAGGUGGCGCUGCUGCUUUUGGACAAAGGGGCUUCUCCCCAUGCCACGGCCAAGAACGGGUACACUCCUCUCCACAUAGCCGCAAAGAAGAACCAGAUGGAGAUAGCCACCACGCUCCUGCAGUACGAAGCAGAAACCAACAUCCUGACCAAGCAGGGAGUGACCCCUCUUCAUCUGGCCUCUCAGGAGGGUCACAGUGACAUGGCUGCCCUGCUGCUGCAGAAGGGCGCUCAGGUCAACGUACCCACUAAGAGUGGACUGACAGCCCUUCAUCUCGCUGCACAGGAAGACAGAGUUGGUGUUGCUGAGAUCUUAGUUAAAAAUGGUGCGAGCACGGACCAGCAAACCAAACUGGGUUACACACCCCUGAUCGUCGCGUGUCACUAUGGAAAUGCCAAGAUGGUCAACUUCCUGUUGAAGAGCAAUGCCAGCGUCAAUGCCAAAACCAAGAAUGGAUACACACCCCUCCACCAAGCAGCUCAGCAGGGCAACACUCAUAUCAUCAACGUUCUGCUGCAGUACGGAGCAAAACCCAACGCCAUCACUGUGAACGGAAACACUGCGCUCGCCAUUGCUCGUCGUCUGGGUUACAUCUCAGUGGUGGACACAUUGAGGGUGGUCGCAGAGGAGAUCAUCACCACAACAACGACUGUGACGGAGAAACACAAGCUGAAUGUUCCAGAGACUAUGACUGAAGUGCUGGAUGUUUCUGAUGAAGAAGCACUGAAGCAGACUGAUGGCUCUAUAUCUGAUGACUCCCUCGAUGAAGGUGAUGACACUAUGACAGGAGAUGGAGGAGAGUAUCUGAGAGCGGAGGAUCUGAGGGAGCUGGGAGAUGAUUCGUUGCCUGGACAGUACCUGGAUGGCAUGAAUUACUUGCGUUUUAGUCUGGAAGGUGGACGAUCUGACAGCACGGACCGUUCCUUCACACCCACUCACCAUGGAUAUUACUCCCCGAAGCACGACGGGAUGGGGGAUGAUGCAAUCCGCAAUUACCAGGUGUCUUCACUUGCUAAUGAGAGGGACUCGUACAGACUGAGCUGGGGAACAGAAAACCUGGACAACAUAGCACUUUCCUCCAGUCCUGUUCACUCUGGCCGUUCAUCUCCGUGCCAUGACCAUGACACCAGCAGCUUUCUCGUAAGCUUUAUGGUGGACGCUCGCGGUGGCGCCAUGCGAGGGUGCCGUCACAACGGCCUGAGGAUCAUCAUCCCACCCAGAAAGUGCGGCGCCCCAACACGAGUGACCUGCCGCCUGGUCAAACGCCACCGUCUGGCAACCAUGCCCCCCAUGGUUGAAGGAGAGGGUUUGGCUAGUAGGCUUAUUGAAGUUGGGCCCUCCGGUGCACAGUUCCUUGGUAAACUCCACCUCCCCACUGCCCCGCCCCCUCUGAAUGAGGGCGAGAGCUUGGUUAGCCGCAUUCUUCAGCUGGGGCCGCCAGGGACCAAAUUCCUGGGGCCAGUGAUUGUGGAGAUCCCUCACUUUGCUGCUCUGAGGGGGAAGGAGAGAGAGCUGGUGAUUCUGCGCAGUGAGACAGGAGAAAGCUGGAAGGAGCAUCACUGUGAAUACACAGAGGAGGAGCUCAAUCAGAUCCUUAAUGGGAUGGACGAGGAGCUGGACCCUCCGGAGGAGCUGGAGAGAAAACGCAUUUGCCGCAUAAUUACCAGGGACUUCCCACAGUACUUUGCAGUGGUUUCACGGAUCAAACAGGAUAGUAAUUUGAUUGGUCCAGAGGGAGGGAUCUUGAGCAGUACGGUGGUUCCACAAGUCCAGGCUGUCUUCCCAGAAGGAGCACUUACAAAACGCAUUCGAGUUGGCUUACAGGCUCAGUCUGUGAACAUGGAUGUGGUGAGAAAGAUCUUAGGAAACAAAGCUACAUUUAGCCCUAUAGUCACUCUGGAACCGCGGAGGAGGAAGUUUCAUAAACCCAUUACCAUGACCAUCCCUAUCCCCAAGAGUUCCACCGACCCUGUUCUCAACGGAUUCGGAGGAGACACGCCCACACUCCGACUGCUGUGCAGUAUCACAGGUGGAACCACGCCGGCUCAGUGGGAGGACAUCACUGGAACGACCCCGUUAACUUUCAUCAACGACUGUGUGUCGUUCACCACAAACGUGUCCGCCAGAUUCUGGCUGAUAGACUGUCGGCAGGCCCAGGAGUCAGUUAACUUCGCCACGCAGGUGUAUCGAGAAAUCAUCUGCGUUCCGUACAUGGCCAAAUUUGUCGUCUUUGCCAAAACACACGACCCUAUAGAGGCACGGCUGCGCUGCUUCUGCAUGACUGAUGACAAGAUAGACAAAACUCUGGAGCAGCAGGAGAACUUCACAGAGGUGGCUCGCAGUCGGGAUGUGGAGGUACUAGAAGGAAAACCAAUAUAUGCAGACUGCUUCGGAAACCUAGUUCCCCUGACCAAGAGUGGUCAGCAUCAUCUCUUCAGCUUCUUCGCCUUUAAAGAAAACCGACUUGCCCUUUUUAUAAAAAUACGAGACAAUACUCAGGAGCCUUGUGGUCGGUUAUCCUUCAUGAAAGAACCAAGAUCGUAUAGAAGUCUGGCCCAUAAUGCUAUAUGCAACCUAAACAUCACUCUACCGACUUACUCUAAGGAAUCAGAUUCAGACCAAGAGCCUGAUGAGGAGACUAGCCGAACACUCGGGAAAUAUGGCGAAGAUACUGAAACUUCUACAGAGACGUCCGUCUUGAAAAUGCACUUGAUUCGAGAGUCGCCCGCCCUUGCAAGCCCUGAUUUACUAUCUGAAGUAUCAGAGAUGAAACAGGAUCUGAUCAAAAUGAGUGCCAUACUGACUACUGAUCCUUCAGAGAAGCCAGGCCCUAUGCAAAGGGGAGAUCUAGGAAAAGGGGUGGAGGAGGUGUCAGGGGAGCCUUUUGAAAUAAUGGAAAAGGUCAAAGAAGAUUUGGAGAAAGUUAGUGAAAUUCUAAGGAGUGGAACAUAUGAGGAUGAAGAAAAAACAGAAUGUCGUCGAUAUAGAAAAGAUGAGGAGUGGGUUCUUCUCUCAGACUGUGAAAUUGAAGAGGCCAAAAUGAUGGCAGCUUUUGAGACCCAAGAACCCCUCCUUAAGGAUAUUCGUGGCAGCAGAGGGGGGCAGAGACAAAAAGGAGUCAAAAGAGAUUCUAAAGAAUACCUUCUGGAUGUUCCUGUGACUUCUGGAGCUGCAUCACAAGAGACUGUGGUGCAGGAAAAGUUUACUGAAGUUGUUUUGCGCCGAGGAGGUAAAAAGAUUGUACCGACUGUGCUCAAAGAUACUAAAACACAUGUAACAGAAGUGAAAAAGCCUGUUAGAAGAAAAGGACCCCAGGGACACACUGAUGAAUCCCACAUACCCCGCUCAAAAGCAGGCUCUGUCACUGAGAACAAAGGAAAGCCCCAAGGUGAUGAUGCUCUCCUAAGUGCCCCUUCAAACCAAAAGAAAUCACCAGUCUCACCAGUUGUUGAGGAAACACCAAUCGGUUCAAUUAAAGACAAGGUUAAGGCUCUUCAAAAGAAGGUGGAGGAGGAACAAAAAGGCAGAAAGCAGACUGGCAGCAAACCCUCUGUUGGAUCUUCAGAAAAAAAGCAGUCACCUGUCAAAACCUCAGGCCCCAAAAAAUCACAAGCUCCACCAAAAUCACCCAAAACUGAGACAGAGAAACUAGAAGACACUAUGUCAGUGAGAGAACUCAUGAGAGCUUUUCAGACAGGACAAGAUCCUUCAAAGAGAAAAUCUGGACUCUUUGAACACAAAGUAGCUUCUGGAGCAAAACAAACAAAAAUAGGUCAAACAAAAGAAACUCUGCCCACACAGUCCCUGUCAAAAACACCAUCACUUGGACAAGAAAUGUCACUUGAUGCUCUGGAACCACCGAAAGAAAAAGAACUUCUGAUUAGCCCGGAGAUAAGACAUUCCAAAGACUUUAGUGCAGACAUAAGAGCAGAACUUGAAGAUAAUGCAGAAUACCAACAAUUUAAAAAGACAGACUUACAAGAAAAAGGUAGUUGCUCUGGUUUAGUCUCAUCAGAGUCUACAGUUGAAGCAGAUAUUCCCACUGGAGUUCCCCAAGAUCUAUCUAGACGCAGAGAGACACGACCAGAAAGUGGGCAUGAGCAUAGUGCACUUGAUGAUAGUUCUGAGAGUCCAAAAAAUGAAGGACUGGCUUCACCCUGUGCCAGCGUAGGUGAAGGGGAAGUCCACAUAAGCUCAGAAGAAAGUUACAAACAUGAAGGCAUGGCAGAGAGUCCAGGAACAAGUCCUGAAAGUCUCUCAUCACCCAAGCGGCCAGGUCAAUCUCUGCUUGGAAAGGUGACAAAAGUAGGAACGGUUUCUGCCAAGAACAAGAAAAGCCAAGAGUCUGCUUCCCUUAGUGCAGAUACUGCUGAUGAGCAGGCAUCUACAGCAACCCUUCGGCGAUCAUCUGUGAAAAAAGCAGUUGAAGAUCCCACAAAAAGUGAGUGUGUGAGUGCACCUCGGGGAAAAUCUGUUAAAUUUGGUGAUGAAAAAUCCCCUGUUGAUAAGGACAUUCCUGUAUCAUCAUCCAAGCCCCCUAAAUCUCGGAAAUUAACCAAAAGGGGUUCAGAAACAAUAGACAGUUUUUUAAGUGAUGAAGAAUCCACUGAUGUCCAGCCAGCAUCAGUCUCUGCUGACUCUGUAGCCUCAAGGGCAAAGACACAGGGUCAUAGUGGUUUAGUGCUGCAUCUUAGACACCAAGAUUCAGACACCAUUAGUCCAGUAGCUGAUGACUCUUUAACCAUUAGCCACAAGGACUCUUUAGAAGGUAGUCCCCUUAUGGAAGACAACUCCUCCCAUAAAUCCCCAGACUCAAUUGAGCCUAGUCCAACUAAGGAAUCCCCCUGCUGUGACUCUCUAGAAAGCAGCCCUGUAGAGCAGAAAUCCACCUUGGCCUUUCCUCCUACUGUAGAGCAACCCAGUGUGACUGCAGGGCACCUGACAUCCUCCAAAGCUCCCGAGUUUCCCCCAGACAAUUUGCGUAGUAGGCUUCUCAGAGACCAGGAGGGUAGUGCCGACGAUGACAGUUGUGAGCAGACGUCUCAGCUGACAAGUUCGGGUAAGAGUCCCCUUUCCCCUGACACCCCAAGUUCUGAAGAGGUAAGUUAUGAAGUCAAUCCUAAAACCCCUGACCUUGUGGUCAUGUCAGUAUCCCUAAAGCCACCAGUCAUACCUGAGGAUGCAGAGGAAGAUGAUGAGUUGGAGUGUGGCAUGACUCAAAGGAAAUUCACCCCAGAGGAAGAGAUGUUUAAAAUGGCUGCCAAAAUAAAAACAUUUGAUGAAAUGGAACAAGAUGCAAAAGGCAAAAAGGACAAUAAAAAAGAUAUGUCGUCCUCUCAGACCACGAUUGGGUCUGAAGAAGGACUUGAAAGCAUCAAACUGAUUGGGCUUGCAUCCAAAGAUGAAAAAUCCUCAGUGGAUGGCCUUGUGCCAGCUGAGUCCAAACAAGGGUCAGAGGUAGCACAAUAUGUAGAAACUACUAUUAAAGUACAACCUCCCUCUCCUUUUCCAGCAGGUAUGCAUGAGAGCCCUCAAAGAGCUGAGGACAGUCAUCAAACCAUGGCCCACACUGCAGCGUCAACAGACGAAUCAGCAAAGGAGGGACCUCAGUCUGUCUCAGAAAAGCAUGUCACAAAAGCUAAUCAGCCUCCUCAAGAGCAAAAAGGAAAGGGAUCUGUUAGUGCUAGAGAGUUAGAACAGACCACCAAAACAUCGUCUAGCAGUGAAGGGGUAGAAAAUAUAACUGAUGAACAAAAAGAAGAAAGUUUAAGAAAGUUAAGGGGAAGCACAGAUGAUGACAGUAGCGAAAAGAGGAAAGAUGGUAGCAAAUCUCAUAGUGUGCCAGAACAUAAUAUAACAGAUGAGGUUAAAGGAGAUCACAUGAAGCAUACAGGGGCUUCUGUUAUAGAUUUAGCCAGGGACAACUUAAGGGCUGAAGCUGAUUCUGUGCCCAUUGUUAUUGGCCAAUCAAGGGAAACGUUUAAACCAGAAAUAUGUAUUUAUGAUGACACUGAAGAAGAUGAGGAAGAAGUUGAACCUCCUAAAACAAAGUCUAGAGGAGUAACUGCAAAAACAGAGGCAGACGCAUGGAGUGCUAUGCGAGAAGACGAUGAUGCCUUUGCUGCACGAGUCAGAGAAGAGGAGCAAAAGAUUUUAGGUCUAAUGGUAGAUAACCAUCAGUCCCAAGGAGCAACUCCAGACACCACACCUGGAAGGACACCCACUGAGGAUGGCACACCAACAAGCGAACAAAACCCUUUCCUUUUUCAAGAGGGUAAACUAUUUGAAAUGACAAGAAGUGGUGCGAUAGACAUGACCAAAAGAGGCUACGAAGAGGAGGGGUUUGCUUUCUUUCAGAUAGGAGAGCAACCAAUUGAAGAGGCACUUGCAGAGGAUGGAAGAGAAGAGAGUGGUGAUGUACCUGGUGCAGUGAAAGAGGUUGGCCUUAACUUAACAUUGCAGAUUAAAUCAGAAUCAGCUGCAACAGUAGAACUGUCUUCCAAAGAGGCAGCAGACACAUCAGUCCUCUCUCCACCUGAGGAUGAUCAGUUGAGCUCAGCAGCCAAAUCAGAUGCCUCAAAGUCUAGAAUCCCUAUCAAAAUGGGUGUUUCUGCUUCAUCCAAAACCACAAAGAAAAGUCCAGUGGCAACAUCAGAAACUGAAGAAAUUAAAUCAGACAGAUUAUUAGAGGAUAGUAGUAGCCCAUCAGGGAAUGAUCUUGGUUCUCCAGACACAGUCAUAACUGAUGUCCAGACAGCAGUUUCAACAGUUACUAGAUCAGUUUAUUCCCAACAGGACCAAGAGUCCUCAGAUUCUUCACCAGAGGAUCAGCAGUCAGUAAAAGAGCUACCCAAAGCCCCUGAAAAGAAGACAUCCCCAACUUCUGAAGGGAUGUCAAAAACAAAAAGCAAGUCCGUCUCUAAAAGUAGCGCUACAACUCAUAAAAAGUCCACUUCCACUUCUAAGGAAGAGGAAAAGCCAAAAUCAAGAAUACCUGUAAAAGCCCAAAAAUCUGAAACAGGACAAGACGCAUCUAUGAAACGCGCUGAAUCUCUGAAGGACAAAAAAAACAAGUUACCUGUAAAACCCGAAACAAGAAGGAAAUCUGAGACAGACACGGGUCCCUCUGUAAGCUCCAAAGCAACACGGUCUAGCAAAACCAAGAGCUUCUGUGAAAGUGAAUCUACCAAGAAACCAGCUAAAAAGGACCAAGGUCAUCCGCCAAGUACUGAGAGUUCCAGCAAAUCUAAGACCGUACCAUCGAAGCUACCAGUGAGGGGGAAGCCUGGCCAACCACUCCACACCUCUACUCCUGUGAAGAAAGAUCAGCCUGCCGAGAAACACAAGCAGACUAUUGAUUUUUCUGAAGAGAUUAGUGAUGAGGCAGCUAAGCUAGUGGAGAGAUUGGCUCAAGCAGAGAAAGAAAAUGAGGAGGCAGCUGCCAUGUCGGAUGACGAAAGCAGCACCGUAGAUGUCUCAGUAAUAGAGAGCGAGCCUUUCCCUGACAUGCAGAUGCCUCUUCCUGAGGACCCAUUGGUCAUUAGGCCUCGGUGGGACGACCCUGUUGAGACGCAGAUGGAAAGAAUCCCUGCCGAUAAAGGCCAAGUCCAAAGUCAAGUGGACCCACAGGAGGAAGCAGACAGGAAGGAGGGACUAUUAGCUGUUAUGGCUGACCACCUGGGAUUUAGCUGGACAGAAUUAGCUCGUGAACUUGAAAUUGGUGAAGAACAGAUCAAUCAGAUUAGAGCUGAAAAUCCAAACUCACUUCAGGAUCAGAGUCAUGCCCUUAUAAGGCUAUGGACAGAAAGAGAAGGAGCGACUGCUACAGAGAGCACUUUGAUCACGAUGCUCACAAAGAUUAAUCGUAUGGACAUCGUACAUCUCAUCGAGACCAAGAUCAUCCAGUCCACUCAGGAUCAGUCGUCACAUACCUAUGCAGAAAUUGAGCAGACCAUAUCACUGGAUCCCAGUGAAGGUUUCUCAGCUCUUCACGAGGACAUAGACAGCCCUAGGUCAGGCAGGCGCACAGAGUUCACUCCAGGACGGCCAGGAUCCGGGCAAGAACCUCCAAUAGUGUCUGUAGAAGAUCUCUCUUCCAGUAUAUCUUCCCUCCAUGAUACACAGAAAGAGAAGUUACUGACAGAUAAAGAUAAAGGACAAGAGGUUUUUGGAGGCUCAACACAGUCUCAUUUUGAGAUGAUCGGCCUGAAGCAAACGUUCCCAGGCACUAUUAAACAAGGUGACGAGAUUCCAGAGAUCCUCCCACAGGCGGUGACCGAGGAGCAAUACACUGACGAGCAUGGAAACAUAGUUAUAAAAAAGAUCACAAGGAAAAUCAUCCGUAAGUUUGUGUCAGCAGACGGAGUGGAGCGAGAAGAAGUGAUGGUUGAAGGAGGUCAGCAGGAAGCUAUCACAGUGGAUGAGGCUGAUAGCUUCUCUAAAGUGGUGAAGAGGACGGUAGUAAAGAGUGGGGGAGAUCAGACUGAGGUGACUUUCUCUGAACCACUACCUGUUGGUGGGGCGACAUGCUCUGAGUUUGAAGUAGAGCCAGUCAGAGGCCGGAAAGUCAGCAAGGUCAUCAAAACCAUGGUAGUGCAGGGCGAGCGGAUGGAGAAACUGAUAGGUGACCCCUUGCUGUCAGCAGAUCUCCCCUCAGCUAAAGAUGACUUUGAAAAGGCUUUGAGUUAUGCAGGGGGCUUUGAGAAUGUGCACUUGCCCCAUUUAGUGGAGAAAGAGAUGGUGAAGGAGGAUGGAUCUGUGGUCAGAAGGACCUGCAUGCGGAAGACGCGCACUCAGAAGAAGACGGUGGUGAGGGACGGCCAGAGCAAACACACGCACCUGGAGCGACUGGAGGACACCCCGGAGACCCUGCGACCUGAUGCCCUUCAGCAGCACCUUCACCAACUGCUCCAGCGCUACUGCACCCCCGAAGUGACAGAAGAGCCGGAGACGGGGGCGUUGGCAGAGGAGGAAGAGGAGAGGGAGGAAGAAAAGCGGGACACAAACGACAAAUUUUCUACUACAUAGUCCGAUUCUAAUUCUGCAGUUUUUGGAGUUUUUUUUUUUGGUUUUGUUUUUGUGCUGUGCGGCACAUAUCCAAAAUAACCAUCACAGCCCCACAACCUCAGCAGCUUGUUGAGUUUUGCUUAUAUAUAUAUAUAUAUAUAUAUUUCUCAUAUACAUCAUUUUUGUUCCCUCCAUCACAAGAAGGUACACUUUGUAACGGUUCUUAAUGCUUCUGAAUUCGUUUUGUUCCCACUGUAGUUUUUCCCUUCUUUUUGUGACCAAAGAUAAUAGAAGCUCACUCUUCCUCUUCCUCAGUUCUAAGUCAGGCUUUAUCGCUUUAUUUUUUUUUUAUUUCGUUUUUUGGCUGCUGUAGUUAAAAAUAACCUGAAACCAUGAAUCAAAACUAAACACAAGGAUCGUUCUGGACUUUAACCUGAAUCUCAGACCUCUUGGCUGGCGGUGGGCAGGAGGUGCUGGACAGACGGGGACGCGUGUAAAUAUUAGACUAAAUGUGAAACGGAAACGGGGAAAAUGAAUCUGCAGCAUAUUCUAGUGCACUGUCUCCAUACCUGCUGUACAACCACACCAACGCACUACUGCAAUUAAACAAGCUCCAUUCGCUCGAAUAUCCUCUCCGAAGGCUUUUGAUAACUGAGUGUCUGUAAUUGGGGCAUGUUUUACUCACAUACCACAAAUGCAGGUCUGUGAUUGGACAGUGUUGAGAUGAGCUAAAAACAAAACUAAAUAGAUAAAAAAAACUAAACUAAACUAAACAUGGAAUGAAUGUCAUUGUGUAGUUCUCCAUCACACCAGAAUGAGCUUGAGUAAUUUGUAUUCAGUAUAAAUGUUGAACUCACUCUCACCAGUCUGCUGUCAUGGUGGUUGGAAUGCUAGAUUUUGACAUGCCUGCCUUUUAACGUGCAUUUAGAGCGUCUUACUGAAUGAAAGCUUAGCCAAUAACUCCCAACUCAUGCUCUUUCCGUUUGGACUUUGUUGGUUCUUGGCAUAAGUUUUUUAUGCGAGGCCACGAAACAGCUUUGCACGGCGGACUCGGUCCACCCUAUCUAUGUACAGUGUGUGUGUGAGUGUGUGUGUGUGUGUGUCCGGAAGUUUGUGUAUGUAAGCAUUUCUUGACUAUGUUAUCCUCCAAUCAGAACACUACUACUCCUACCCCAGCCCCGCCUCCCCACGACUGCGUAUAUGAAAGUAGCCGUCACGUUCCUUCCGUCUUGAUUUAACUUAACCCACAUACUUCUUUGUGCUGUCCGGGUUGAAGACCUUCUUCACCGUCGUUUAGGAUGGAGGUUAUUAACCGAUAACUCCCAGAAAGACUCUCUGUGCUUGUGAGCUUGAUCUUAAUUCCUUCCAUAAUAGUGGCACAUAUACGAAAUGGAUCCGGAGCGGUGUUUCAGAGCACUG